AUGGCGGAUGUGGUUGCCACGGGCAACGGUUGCCAAGGAAAUGGGGUUGCCUCGGGAGAUGCUCACCAUGGGGAUCCGGAGGAUGACCCGGACGGGAUCCACAUCGUGGCCUUCGCUGAGGGCGAUGAUCCCGAUGGGUUCGAGUUCCUGGAGACCCUGAAGGAGGUGGCUCGGGACAAGAGGGGCGAUCCCAAAUUCAGCAUCCUGUGGAUCGAUCCCGAUGAUUUCCCUCUGGGCCCCCGCCGACGGGACGCUGUGUCCCGGCCGCCGGGCGCAGGGGGCUGCCCCGCCAUGCCCCAGGCCUCGGAGCACCGCCUGGGCCGCGCCAGGGACCCCGGCGCCGUGGUGACCGCGCAGCCCCGGGCGGGCACCCCGCCUGCCCAGCGGCCACCGGGCACUGAGCCAGGAGCGCCAUGCGGCCCCCAACGGGCUGUCCCCGGCCCCCAAACUGCGCCUGCUGCCCCCCCCGGCCCCCGCCCCCCGCCCGAUGACCCCCGCCCCAAGAAGCUGGAGCUGGAGCGGGGCCGGGCGGCCAAGCGCGGGGAUCCCCCCCCCCGCGGGCCGGGGGGUCGCCGGGGGCCCGUGAAGGCCGAUCACGGCGUGCGGGUGCCCGGGGGUGCCCCGCAGGUGCCCGGCAGUGCCUCCUUCUCCCUGCCCAGCGCGGCCGAGCGGCGCCGGACCAGGGCGGCGGUGGCGGAGGAGGUGGCAGCGGUGUCCCCGGUUGUCCCCAGCCGCGCCGAGGACGUGGCGGUGGCGCUGAGCCGGCUGGUGCUGAGGGACUGCGGGCACCCGCUGGGCGCCGGCGCGCUGGCGCUCCGGAGGAGCUCCUCGCUCCGCAGGGUCACCGUGGCCCCCGGGCCCGACGGCAAAGCCACCCCGCCGCUGCUGUCCGUGCGUCCCGAGAGCGGCCCCCGCACCCGCACGGACCCCCCGUACGGCCACGGCCCCGGCAGCCCCGCGCCCGGCCGGACCGAGGACAAGGCGACCGCCACGCACCACACGCUGCUGCUGGGCUCGGGCCACGUCGGCCUCAGGAAUUUGGGCAACACGUGCUUCAUGAAUGCGGUGCUGCAGUGCCUGAGCAGCACCAAACCGCUGCGGGACUACUGCCUGCGCCGGGACUUCCAGCAGGAGCAGCCCCCCGGCCCCCGUGCCCCCCAGGAGCUCACCGAAGCCUUCGCCGAUGUCAUCGCCGCUCUCUGGCACCCCGACUCCUCCGAGGCCGUCAACCCCGGGCGCUUCAAGGCCGUGUUCCAAAAAUACGUCCCCUCCUUCACGGGCUACAGCCAGCAGGACGCCCAGGAAUUCCUCAAGUUCUUCAUGGACCGGCUGCACGUGGAGAUCAACAGGAAGGGCCGGCGGACCCCCAGCAUCCUGUCGGACACACGGAGACCCCCGGCCCUGGAGGACCCCGAAACGCUCAGCGACGACGAACGCGCCAACCAGAUGUGGAAGCGCUACCUGGAGAGGGAGGACAGCAAGAUCGUGGAUCUCUUUGUGGGGCAGCUGAAGAGCUGCCUCAAGUGCCAGGCCUGCGGCUACCGCUCCACCACCUUCGAGGUGUUCUGCGACCUCUCGCUGCCCAUCCCAAAGAAAAGCUUUGCCGGGGGGAAAGUGUCGCUCCACGAUUGCUUCAGCCUCUUCACCAAGGAGGAGGAGCUGGACUCGGAGAACGCCCCGGUGUGUGACAAGUGCCGGCAGCGGACACGGAGCACGAAGAAGUUGACGAUCCAGCGCUUCCCACGCAUCCUGGUGCUCCACCUGAACCGGUUCUCCACCACGCGCUACUCCAUUAAGAAAUGCUCCGUCUUCGUGGACUUCCCGCUGCAGCAGCUCAACCUGCGCGAGUUCGCCAGCGAGAAGGCGGGCAGCCCCGUCUACAGCCUGUACGCGCUGUGCAACCACUCGGGCAGCGUCCACUACGGCCACUACACGGCCUUCUGCCGCGACCCGGCCGGCUGGCGCGUCUACAACGACUCCCGCGUCUCGCCCAUCAGCGAGAACCAGGUGCCGUCCAGCGAGGGCUACGUGCUGUUCUACGAGCUGGAGGAGCCCCCCGGCCGCAGACCCUGAGACCCCCCCCGGACCCCCUCCCCGGGGGUUAGGGGGUGGGGGGUGAACCCCUCCUGCCCCUUCCCCCGGGAGCCCCCCGGGCCCCGCGGCACUGGGGGGUGCGGGGGGGUGCGGCCGCAGCCCGCGCGGCCCCGGGGGGUUUUGUGAAUAAAUUUAUUA